AUGGCGACCGAAGAAGCCAUUGCAGCUGGGCUUAUCGACUGGGUCAACAGUCUCGCUGUCGCAGACCCAGUGUACACGGUAGACGACUUCACCAAUGGUGACCUCAUAUGGAGAACCCUUCAGCAAAUCGAUCGCUUCAGCUUUCCUGGCAAACUUCCAGAAGACCCCGAAACCGAUCAAUGGAUCAACAAGUGGACCAACCUCAAACACAUUUACGAUGCGCUGUCCAUCUUCCUCGUGGAAGAAUGCGGGCAACGACUGCCACAGCCUGGUGGUCGCCCUGACCUUAAGGCCAUCGCUCAAUCGUCCUCUCUCACUGACACCGUCGCUCUCCUGAAGCUCCUCGUGGUGGCUGCCAUCAAUUGCUCCGACCGCAUUGACUACUUGAAGCGGAUGCAGGAGCUGGCGGUGUCAACCCAGGAAGUGUUGAUGCAAACCGUGCAAGAGGCGGAAGAAGAUGGAGGUGAAGCGGACGAGGCAGAUGUGGAAGACCCGAAUGAACAAGCACAGGAGGAACUUCUCAGCUCUCCUCGUCGUUCUACAGAAAUGGAAUCGGUCCUUGAAUCGGAAGAGAGGCUAGGCAAAGUCAUCGCCGACAACCAGCGGAUAGCCUACGAGAAGCGAGAACUGCAGAAACAGCUGGAUGAGUCCUAUUCACGCUACGAGAAACUGCAAGAGCGUUUCGACCAAGCUCAAGAUGACCUAAAAGAAUCCAACGACCGUCUGGCCGCCAUCCUUGCAGGAAAAUCCGACAUCUCGACCCGGCCACUGGACUCCAAACAUGACACCCUGAUUGCCACUUUAGAGAACCGUGUACUCGAGGCCGAAUCCGAAGUGGAGGAGCUCCGGAAGAACAACGAGGUCCUCAAAAUCAAGGCCGAAAAGGCCCAAAAGUUGCAAGACGAUUACGAUGAGAUGAAGAUUGAUCGAGAUCGUCUAGCCCGCAAGGCAAAUACAGCGGAGAAAUAUAGACAGAAAUUGGAAGCCAGUCAGGACCUGGAGAAGGACAACACGAAUCUCAGGGCUAAAGUGACAGAGUUGCAAAAUCAACUCAAGCAGUCUGAUUUUGCUCAGGCGAACUCGAGUGACUUGCACCGAGAGAUUGAUGAAUACCGUCGCCUCUUGCCCAGCAUCGAACAGGAACGGUACGAGUUAAACGAGAUGAAAAAGAGGCUCGAGUUUGAUUACCACGCACUGGAAGCACGGUAUCACGACACCGUUGAACAAUUAUCUCGCCAAAAUCAUGCUUUGGAAGAUUUACAAAGCCGCCUGCGUGACUACGAAGAAGGCAUUACCCCAGCGCCAAGAGAGGAAAAGCCUCCGGACCCGGUCAAUACAGACUUUGAGAAAGAAGAAGCAGAAUUCGCCGAGUCAGAAGCCCGCCUUGCCGCUGCAUUACUGAACGGAGGCACCACCAUUCCAGCAGCGAAGGAUUCAGAUCUCACUCUUCCGAGGGAAACAGAAACAAGCAUCCCUGGUCUCGAGGAUAAGGAGACCAUUUCUGAAGAAGAGUUGAAAGCAAUCAUGUCUGCUAUGCGUGCGCAAGCACAGGCUGGAACUGCCACGGAAAGAGAAUCGUCUCUGCGCGCACAAAAGAAACUAAUAUUGGCGAUUGAGCAACAACGGACGAAGAACAAGCUCCUGCUCGACCACGUCCAGAAGCAGGACCAGACGAUUAAGGACAUGCAGAAGAUCGAACGCCAAAAGGAAUCACAGAAAGCCGAGCAAGAUGUCGUACCCCCUCCCAUGGGGAAAGAUGUUCCAGCUAGCUCUUCCCCCUUGCUGGAUGAGGAAUCAGAAAUCGAACGACUCACAAACCAAAACAUCAUUCUCCAGCGUGAACUCAAGCUCAUGGCGUCCGCCUGGUACGAUCAAAACUUGCGGCUUGCGAGUGCGAGUUCGGCGGCAUCAGGCCGGAAUAGAGGAACCGGUAAUGCUGGAGAGCCCCGGGGAUUUCUGGGGCGGCAAAGGCGCAGAGUUGACGCUGUCGCCUUUGGACGAGUCUGA